AUGGCCGAUCCUAAUACAGUUGCAUUCUACUCCAAGGCCAACUACGUGGAUCUCGUCAAAACCUCGCCCCUCGACGAGGUUGAGCACCAAGUAUUAGGGACCAGCUAUCUUUCCUGCCAUCUUGGAAAUGGAACCAAGCUGCUUGUGUGGAAUCAUUCCAACUACUACGAGCAGACAGAAUGGACUACCGACCAGUCCGACAUCCCAAAAUCCAGCUCAGUGCAGUGCUAUCAAGUUCUCAAAGGCACCACGUCAGUCAUUGGCUUUAGGUUCAAGGAUGCCACCGGAGCCGAACCAAAAGCCUAUUCUCUGCUCUUGAAGCUUGCCAAAAUUGGCGACGUUACGCUACUUUCGGACGAGACGGACAAAUAUGCAAUUGCCGGUACGAUGCCCCGUGAUGGCCCACCCGUGACAACCGCGUUAUAUGUUCGGGAUUUGAAGACGGGUGUCUAUGUUGUCAUUGGGUCGAUCUACUUUGAAUGGGAUUCGCAAAACGAGAAAGUUGUAAUUAUAGAUCAGGAAGGCUGGCCGAGCAAGCAGCUGAAGCAUGAAGAGGAUGGUGAUAACAACUUUACUAUUACUUUGAUUUCAACUGAAGCUUAAUAUACGAUGAUGGAGCGGAUGUGGUAGCAGGGUGACGAUGACGGGCUGCAAGCGGAAGACGUUUCUUGCCCUUGCCUUGUAUAGGUUUUGCCCUGCUAUAGGUUUCCC